AUGUUUAGUGGGUUCNUGUCGGAGAAAGGGAUUACCCGUGUGUUUUUCACAGAUGGGUCGGUGUCUCGGAACUCCGGUGGAGGCACAGCGUCCUCUGCGGGCUUCGCAGUGGUGUCGGACAAUCCUGACCUUACCCACCAUGAGCGUAUCGGCAGCCGGUCAGGGGUCUGCGAGGCCGAAGCCAGGGGAAUCUUGUGCGCUCUGGAAUACGUGGAUGAAUUUGGGUUCAGUUUAGCAGCGGUUGCGUCGGACUCUCUUGGUGUUAUACAAAGUCUGGGGUCCCCUGAUCCCAGGGGUUUACAAUCUGAUACUCUGUAUCUAAUAAAAGAGUUAGACCUAAAGCUGAGACGGAGUAAUGUACACGUGUUGUUUGUGUGGAUUCCUGGUCAUCGCGGUAUANGUGGCAAUGACCGUGCGGAUAAGUACGCCAAGCUCUCUCUGUCGUUACCGGAACCUGUUGAAAAGCAGGAGGUAUCUUCCUUAUAUCCUAUUCUUAAAUCUAAAGCGUUGCAGUCGUCUAAGGAACUGUUGUUAGCUGAAGCCCAGCACAAAGGUAGCCGGUACUUCAGGUUUGUUCAGGAACCGCUGUGUAGACCAUGGUUCACGAGGUUUAAAAAGAAUAAGUAUCUCCCCCGCCAGCUAGUUACGCUAGUAUCUAGAAUCCGUUCUCACCAUACGGCGGUUAAUGAACAUCUACACGACAAAUGUAUUGUGGAUGGCGCCGCUUGCCCGUGUGGUCAUCCGAUACAGGACAUUAACCACCUGUUUCUUUACUGCCCUGAGAAUAAAACUGCCACGGACAAACUGCUCCUGGACCUUUUCCAUAGUGGCUUUAGCCCACCGUAUAACGUAGUGGACAUUGCUUUUUCAAGUAAUAUACAAGCCAUGUUUGCUUUGCUCACUUUCACCAGUUCUACCAACAUCAGUGUGUGA